AUGGCCGCGGACGCGGUGCCGACGGAUGACCACGGGUACUCGUCGGCGAGCUGUGCCGUGGGCGACGACGCUGCCGCGGAGGUGAAGGCUGCGAGCCUCGCCCCGGAGGAGACCGCACCGGAGGAGGCCGGCUCCCGCGGGCCUGAGGGGUGUGGUAAGUCCGUGGCUCCCACCGUGGAGGAGGUCGCGGAGCCCCUCGACGAGAGCGUCGUUCGAGGCGGGGAGCCUGCCGUUGAGGCCGACACCGUGUCGGAUUUCGACGUCGAGGACUUCCUCACCGAGAUGUUCUCGGCCUCUGGCGGCGGGGACGCGGUGCACAUGGGCGACGUGGUCCGCAAGCACGAACGCCUCAGGGUCGACCUCGAGCUCGUGGCCGACUACAUGGCCUCGGACCGUUUCGCGGAGGUCUUCCGCGUGGACGGCGAGUACCUCUUCCGCGCCAGCGCG